AUGUUGGCCAAAACUCCACCUCUCGGGAAACCCGACUUCAGCACUGCAGAAAUUGCAUCGGCGGUCGACGAUCUUCCAAUCACCAACUCGCGCGUUGGUCUUUAUGCUUACCUCAAUGCAGCACUGGGUGCGAGACCUCUGACAGACGAUAUGUCGCUGUUCAACUAUCUACAUGCCAAGUACCAGAACGAUACACAAUCUCUGGUUUCGGAUCUGAUCAUCUCUUCUUUCGACGUCCUGGCCAAUGCUUUGCAACAAAGUCAAUCUCAAAAUCACAUACUCUGCUAUCGCUCAUUCAUUGCCAAUAAGUUGCCUCUGCUGAUCACAACUUUGUCGGGGUCUUUCGCGCCAAUGACGUCUCAAGUCUACAUACAAAUGGCUUUGAGGCGAGUUGAUGUUCAUCCAUUCCCACCAUUGUCGUCUGAAGGCGACACUGCAAAAAAUGAGGUUCUCAAGAAGAGCCGGCAAGAUUUCGUACAGGCCUGUGUCAUGUUUCAACUUGGAGACGGGCAAGCUUUUCACUCGGUCAUGGGCGAACCGCCAGCUCAAGUCACGCCUCGUGUUACCAGAUACAACAGACAAUCUCUGACCCAACAAUGUAUUGCCAACAUACACCGCGUCGAAGAACUGGCUCGCGAGCUUGAGGGCAUGAAUGGCAAUGCAGGUGCGAUCUCAGGUGCGCUGGUCGACACCAUACAGCAUCUGUACACUGCAAAAGAGACCAUGUCUCUGCGGACAGUAUGUAAUGCCCUCUCUCGACAAAUGCCUCUGAUGGACGUCAUUUUCCAAUACGCCCAACCUGCAGAUGUGCUUUCCCCUCUCUGCAGUCUCUUGAACGAGUGGACGCACGACGAGGAUCAGAGUGAAUUCCAACCGCCUUACGAGGAGUUUGCGUCUAUCCUGCUGCUUGUUCUGGCUAUCAAUCACCGGUAUCAGCUGACAGAGGCUGAGUUCGGAACAUUUUUGCCUGACACAUUCAUAAUGAGAUUCCUCAGCAGCAUGUCUUCAAGUAUUCCUACUGGUGCACUUGAUGAUGACCAGUCAAAACAGCUCACGAAAUGGGUUCAAGGCCUGUAUGCAACAGACGAGCAGGGUGAGACGAAUGGUAUCAGUGAUGAGACCAUGUCACACUGUCCGCCUCAAUCCUUUUACCUGUUGGUUCCAACGCUGUUUGAGCAAAGUGUUCAAGCGUGUAAGCUCAUGGCUCUUGAUAUCAACACGUUGAAGGGCGGGCUGGAGUUCUUGCUCGAACCGUUCUUGCUGCCUUCACUGAUCGGAGGUCUUAGUUGGGCUACCAAACACUCCUGGGAAGACCAUGGUGACUCGGAGAUUCUGCUACAGAUGUUGCGAAAGCUGGUUCAACCUGACUCAAUCUCUGGUGACGCUAAAGCGAUGCACCAAACCAUCCUCGCCAUGGUCGCCAGAUCUUUGGCGACAUCUUUGCAAGAGCUGCAGCGAAGACAGCCGAAGCGCAAAGACGUCUUUCCACUCAUUGAGAUCCUCCAAUCUCAUCAGGACAGCCAGCGAUCGGGCAAGGGCAGUGCGGUCGAGCUGGCAGAGUGGUGUGCUACCCCCGAAGGUGGCUUGCGAGCUACCGUCCGCAGCAUCGUGCGUGGCCUGGUUCGAUGGUCUGGGCAGGGUAGUAUCAACACUAUGGCUUACAACUACAAACAUCAGACCAUCACUGUAGCGUUGGACAUGCUUGGAGCAGACGAGGUCUUGGCUGUGAUACUGAACGAACUCAUCGCGCAAACCCGGGCUGGAUCAGGUUCAGCAGCGCUCGAAGUCGCAACCGCUAUCAUUUGUGCACCUUCACCUUUGUCCGCCGCGCUAUCUCAGGCCAACGCUCUCAUGCAAUUUGACCAAGCGACUCCGCUCCCGAUCAGUCCGCGCCGUACUAUGCGUCAAGUGCUGCGAGCCAGACUCGAAGAUAACAAGGAGCUCCUUCGUAUGGAAACAGAACGCGUGGAAGCCCUCGUAAGACUUGGUCGUCGCGUUGAAGCGCAACUCGCUAUCCCAGCACAGCUUACCAUGCCAAUGACAAAUCUUGACCUGGGCGACAUGAACAUCACUAGUGCAGACAUGCAAAUAACAGGCGCGGACAUGCAUAUGACUGGGGAUACCACGACCGAGUCAGCGACUGCAGCAGUAGAUCCUGACUUUGCGGCUGCUAUGGAUCAAUCACUCCAGAUGGACGCGACCAAUAUCAGUGACCCCAACGCCAUGUCUCUUGAUAUGUCCAACGACCUCUUCAAUACUCAGGACAUGAACUUCGAUCUGACUGGUGCAUCUCAACAACACGGCAACGGCCAGAUGAGUAAUGAAGACGAUAUCUUUGCUGGUCUGGAGAUGGAUCUUGGGGGUGACGAUUUUGAUUUCUCCUAG